UAUGACUUCUCCCUGGAAACGAAAACAAUCAAGUGGGCUGAAGAUAUCAAAACAAUUCAAGCUGCCCAGAGAGAAGCUGAACGCAAGGCAGAAGAAGGAUUAGCGAACUCAAAAGCAGCUCCAGAGGACAGCAACAAAAUGGGGUUCUCGGAGGGACCUUGUCCUGAGGCCAUGCCUCCUCCUAUUAACCCCGUCCUCGCCAGCCUGCAGCACAAUAAUAUUCUUACUCCCACGCCAGCCAACAGCAGCGCUGUGAAGCAGAAAGUUCUCAGUCCACCUCAUCCAAAAGCAGACUUCAACCCAGCUGAUUUUGAAUGUGAAGAAGACCCAUUUGACAAACUGGAAUUAAAAACUAUUGAUGAUAAGGAGGAAUUAAAAAAUAUUCUUGAAAUUCAUGUUGGUACUACUGGGCCAAUCGUCGCCCAGCUGUUAGAUAAUACUUUGCCCAAAGGAGGGUCUGAGUCUGUGUUGCAAGAUGAGGAAGUUCUGGCAUCCAUAGAAAGGGCCACGUUGGACUUCAAGCCCCUUCACAAACCCAAUGGCUUUAUCACUUUACCACAGUUAGGAAACUGUGAAAAGAUGUCCUUGUCUUCCAAAGUGUCCCUGUCCCCCAUCACUUCAGUGAGCAAUAUCAAAUCCCUGUCCUUUCCUAAACUUGACUCCGAUGAGAGUGAUCAGAAAUCAUCAAAGCUCACGAGCACUUUCCACAGCACUACCUGCCUCCGCAAUGGCACUUUGCUCAGCUCUUUGCAGGCCUGUGCUCAGAGUAAAGCUAGUGAACUGAACGGACAUCAUAUGGUUGGUCCUUCUGCUCUGAAUGAGGACAGUGGCAUGGAGACAUCAACAUCAUCCUCUUCAUCCAGGCUGCCUUCUCUGGCUGUGUCGACAGUUUGUACAGAAGAAGAAUCAUCUCACAGCACAGCCACCAUGUAUGGUCCCAGUGGCUGGAAAAUGACAGCUAAGCUGCAAGAAUGUGAACAAGUACACCCAGACUGCAAGGAAGCAGAAAUCCCUGUGGUAACGCACCAAAAUUUCCCAGUGUCUAAAGUGCCCAACAACACCAGCUGCACAAAGCGGUCGGGUGUCUCCGCUCCUGAGCUGCAGCAGGUCCUGUCUGCUAGCGAGAGGCAGUGCAUAGAGACAGUCGUCAACAUGGGGUACUCGCCUGAGAACGUCCUGAAAGCCAUGAAGAAGAAGGGACAGAACAUAGACCAGGUUUUGGAUUACCUGUUUGCACACGGACAGCUUUGUGAGAAGGGCUUUGAUCCACUUCUUGUUGAAGCAGCGUUGGAAAUGCACCAGUGUUCAGAGGAGAAGAUCACAGAACUUCUCCAGCUAAUGAGUCAAUUUAAAGAAAUGGGCUUUGAACUGAAAGACAUUAAGGAGGUCUUAUUAUUACAUAACAACGACCAACACAAUGCUUUGGAAGAUCUAAUGGCCCGUGCAGGAGCCAGCUGAAAACACAUUCCUGGAUUCUCAGCGUGCAACGGAGCAGGACCAGCCCCGCCACCUUCGCGUCCAGUGUGACUUGCUCUCUGCAGGAAGGAGUCCAGCUUUUGGCAUACAUGGGAGAGUGACUGAGCUAGCCUGCCCGCCUGCAUCACUCCAGCAUUUCUCUUUCCACUGAGAGCCAACUUUCUUUCUUAAAUUAAAUUUUUAAAGUGCCCUUUCCUAAAUUUCCUUUUUCCAGCUUGGCCACGGAGAAUAUUAGACUGCCCAACCUCUACUGGAAUUGUACAUAAGGAGAGACAGGAGUGGUUCCCUCCCCCUUACUGUUGCACUGGAGUUGGACAGAAGAAUAUUAAGUUGGUUCUGAAACUAGGAUGCUUUGGUUCUUUGAAGCUGCUUUCAUGGUGUCUGCUCGUACUGAAUUACUUGACUGUGUCACAGUCCAGAUUAACUGGUUAAAUUUGACCUUUAGUGCAAUGGAGUUUUAUUUUUUGGUUGAAAGUUAGUCUGUAACUUAGUAAAACACUGGUUCAGAAACUGUCGCUAUGCAUAAACAGAGAAGCUGUUCC